UCUACUUAUAUAUACAUACACUUUUUGUAUCUAUAGAUUCCAUCCCUGUUUUUAUGUUGUUCUUUUCUUUUACAAUGAAACAAUAAAAUAAAUAAUACACACAAACCCACAACACACAAACACACAGAUAUAAUAUACAUACAUACACAAUACAUAUACAUCUCCACUAUUUCUCUAUCUCCAAAAAGCAAGAAACUUUAUCUUUCUUUCUCUGCCAUCCGAUCACGGAGAUGAUUCUUCUUUUGCAGAUUCAAUUGGGAUUUUGAUUUUAAUUUCAUAUUCAAACACCCUUUUCUUCACUCUCUUCUAAAGUUUGACCUUUUUUCAGAAGUGUUUCGCAAUGCAACAUUCUUCACAUCAUUUUCCUUUUGGUCCUUCAAAAAUAACAUCAAUGAAUUACUCGAAAGCCGUUGGUAGGGGAAGAGAAAUGUUAACUGGAUCUGAUGCGUAUAAUGAAACAUCAAGUGAUGCCACCCUUUUCACAAGUUCAUUACCAGUUUUUCCCCAUGAGAAGUUUGUACCAAAUAAUGCAGGAAAUGAAUUUCAAUCAUUGGAGGGCAAUGAUCUGCUAGAAGAUCUUGCAAUUGGCAACUUGUUACCCGAAGAAGAUGAGCUUUUAGCUGGUGUAAUGGAUGGUUUUGACCUCAAUGCUUUUACUAGCCGUGCAGAUGAGUUAGAAGAGUAUGAUCUUUUUGGAAGUGGUGGCGGUAUGGAACUUGAAUCUGACAUGGAUAACUUGAAUUUGGGCAUUUCAAAGGUGAGUUUGGGUGAUGGGGUCGUCGGUAACGGGGUGUCUCAAUAUAAUAUUGCAAAUGGAGUAGGAACUGUUGCUGGGGAGCAUCCGUAUGGAGAACAUCCUUCAAGAACUUUAUUCGUGCGUAAUAUUAAUAGUAACGUGGAGGAUUCAGAACUUAGAACUUUAUUUGAGCAAUAUGGUGAUAUUAGAACUCUGUACACAGCAUGUAAGCACAGGGGCUUUGUGAUGAUAUCUUAUUAUGAUAUCCGUGCUGCUCGAACUGCUAUGCGUGCGUUACAAAAUAAGCCACUACGAAGAAGGAAGUUGGAUAUUCACUACUCGAUUCCAAAGGAUAAUCCGUCAGACAAAGAUAUUAAUCAAGGAACUUUGGUUGUUUUUAAUUUGGAUCCUUCAGUUUCAUGCGAAGAUCUUCUUCAAAUUUUCGGGGCGUAUGGCGAGGUUAAAGAGAUAAGAGAGACCCCACACAAACGACACCACAAAUUCAUUGAAUAUUAUGAUGUUAGAGCUGCAGAAGCAGCCCUUAGAUCACUAAACAGGAGUGACAUAGCUGGGAAACGCAUAAAGCUUGAACCUAGUCGUCCUGGUGGAGCACGCCGAAACCUAAUGUUACAACUGAGUCAAGAAUUUGAUCAGGACGAUGCUCGAAGUUUUCGACUUCAAGUUGGCCCCUCAAUUGCCAAUUCCCCUCCAGGUGUCUGGCCACAGUUUGGUAGCCCAAUUGAACACAGUCCUCUACAAAGUCUAAGCAAAUCACCUGUCCUGGGUUCAAUUAGUCCUACUUUCAGCAACAAUUUACCUGGAUUGGCUUCAAUCUUGCAUCCUCAACCAUCGAAGAUAGCACCAAUUGGUAAAGAUCAUGGAAGGACUAACCGUAGCCAUCUUGAACAAAAUAUAUUCAAUGGGACUUCAAACAGCGGACCCGCAUUUCAACAAUCUCAUUCUCUGCCAGACUCAAAAUUGAGUCAGUAUAAUGAACCCAUGUCCUCUUUUGGAGGUUCGAGCUCAACUGGUUCAGGAAUUGAAACGUUAUCUGGGCCGCAAUUUUUGUGGGGUAGUUCCAAUGUAUACUCUGAACAGCCUAAGGGACCUAGUCAUGGUUUCCCCAUCACUGGUCGAUCACCAACCAUGGCUCACCCCUUUACCACAUCCAAGGCCCCCUCUGGUCCUACUCAUGGGUUCCCAAUCGCUGGACGUCAUGGAUCUUUGCUUGGUUCAUCACAACAUCACCAUCUGCAUCAUCAUGUUGGAUCUGCUCCAUCUGCUCCAACUGGGAUCCCUUUUGAAGGGCAUUUCGGUCGUUAUCACGAGUCUCCUGAAACAUUGUUCAUGAGCCCUCCUGCAUACGGUGGUGUAGGUCAUAUUGAGAGAGGCUUUUUAAGUUCUCGUGGGUCCGUCGAAAAUGGUUUUUCAAGUUUUAGUACCAUGUCUUCUCCCAGGAUCAGUCCAAUGUUUCCUGGUAAUGGGCAUUACCAGGGGAUAGGACCCACAAUAGCAGAAAGUUUGGCAGAGCGCGGACGCAAUCGGCGUGUUGACCAAAAUGGAAGUCAAACAGAUGGCAAGAAACAGUUCCAGCUUGAUAUUGAUAAAAUCAGAAGUGGGGAAGAUACCAGGACAACUUUGAUGAUUAAAAACAUUCCUAACAAGUAUACUUCAAAAAUGCUGCUAGCUGCGAUUGAUGAAAAUCAUAGUGGUACUUAUGAUUUUCUAUACUUGCCCAUCGAUUUUAAGAAUAAAUGCAAUGUCGGCUAUGCAUUUAUCAACAUGCUUUCUCCAACACACAUCAUCCCGUUUUACCAGGCUUUCAAUGGGAAAAAAUGGGAGAAGUUCAACAGUGAAAAAGUUGCUUCCUUGGCUUAUGCUCGGAUCCAAGGAAAGAUGGCACUCGUGACCCACUUCCAGAACUCUAGCUUGAUGAAUGAAGAUAAGCGUUGCCGCCCUAUCCUUUUCCAUUCAGAGGGGUCAGAGGCUGCUGAUCAGGAACCUCUAUCGUCAAAUAGUUUAAACAUCCAAAUGCAUCGGUCAAAUGGUUCAGACUCGGGAGACUCAUCAGGUAGCCCUCCAAAGGAUGGUCCAGUCGAGCAGAGUUGACAGCAGUUGAAGCAGCAGUCUUGUUAAGUGUCUAAAUUAUAAUUAUUACCUGAGACUGCUGGCUUUCAUCAGUACAUAUCGUGUACAUAACUAGUAGAGGAAAUCAAAGGUGCAGAUUUUGGUGUACUUUUGGAAAGAUAAAAUCUGAAAAUUUAAGGCUUUUGAAAUAGAGGCGAAUGAUCAAAGAGAUUACCAUUUUGCUUAUAUGUAAACCGGUCAAAUCUUGUGUUCUUCGCCUCUUCAUUUUGGGAGAUUGAUGAUGACGAAGAUGUUUAUUGCACAUAACUUUAUGCUUGUUCGAGUAAAAACAUGGUGGAAGGAUUCUCAUAAGGGUAACUGUAUAGUGUGGGCCUGUGGGGAAGUAGAUCUAACUUAUCAUGUGUUUCAACUUUUGAGUCUGUUUCUAGUUCAUGUAUUUACUAAGUAGUAAAAACCGAUGGGAACUGAAGUUGGAAACUACUUUUCUUUUUGGUUAUGUACUCUAUUCCAAUGUUGUUUAGUUGUCAUGAGCAGGUUUCAUGUUUUAGAGGAACAUCUGUUUCUUGUAGAACCCCUGUACAGGUAUAACAUGUCGUUAUCGUGCUUUAAUGACUUGUACCUGAUCUAUUAUAAUGUGUAUCAUAAAUUUUUGUUUUGCGUUA